AUGUCAUUCAGAAGACGUGGGGAAGUUCUUAACGGAACUGGAGCUAGGAGAGCCGAUCCCCGUGGAUUACCAGGGCGUCCCCUGGCCGGUAGAGAGAUACCACAGAGGGAAUCUCCUCCAGUUGGAGCCGGUAGAACUGUACCACCAACGAGUCAGUUUGCCAAACUCAAUAUCGAUAAUGACGUUGUUAGUAAUCAUCCAGGUAUAAGACCUUCUCCUGCUACGUCUCAACAGACUACAUCCACUGGUUGUCAGGAUUUGGAUAGACUAUUGGGACACAUGGGGUUACCGCUGGGAAAUUCAUUGCUGGUAGAAGAAAAAACUACCACAGAGUUUAACACAGUGCUUUGCAAAGUUUUUGCUGCACAGGGUAUUGUACAUAAUAGGAUUGAUUCCAACAAGACGGGGAACACACAUUUGAUUGUGGUGUCGUUAGAUCAAUCAUUUUCCAAACAGUUGCCUGGCACUUAUAAGGGUAGUAAGAAGGAUAUUAAGAGAUCAAAGAUCGCAGAGGAGGAAUCAAAGUUGACAGUCCAGAAUUUGGCAGAACAAGCGCAACCUUCUCGUUACAACGAUUUGAGAAUUGCAUGGAGGUACAAAUUGACCGAUGGUGCUUCCAAAGAUGAAAAUCCUGUCUACAAUGCAGAGGAAUAUAAGAAUUACAGCAACCAAUUUGACAUCACUACACGAUUGAUGCCAGCACCAACACCACAGGAGAUCUCUUUUGUAUCACCUGUACAACCUUUACAAACUGUAUUGGGUCAGAUAGACCGAAUCAUUACACAGAACAAGGGUAAACUAAUACGAAUUCUAGUGCCGUCAUUAUUACAUCCUGCCAUGUAUCCACCACAUAUGUUCAAGCUUUCGGGAGUCGUAUCACUAGUGCAUGGACUCAGGGGCAUCAUCAAGAAGCAUCAAUCCCGGUGUGCUUUAUUAGCCACGGUAUCUGCUGACAUGUUAAGUGAUUUUAUGAUAUCACAGGUGGAAAAUAUUUUUGAUUCAGUGCUCACCUUGGAGCCAUUUGAUCAAGAGAUGCUAAAAUUCUUAGAAAGAGCCUACAAAUCGCAACCUAAUAAAGUACAACAUGGACUAUUGCAUGUAUUGAAACUACCGGUAUUUAGUGAGAGGGGUGAAAUGCAUGUAGCUAAAUCAGAGUUUGCAUUCAAAAAUGGUAGGAAAAGAUUUGAGAUCGAAGAAUGGGGAAUUCCAGUCGAAGAUAACGAAGAUGCAGGCGGGAAUCCAUCAUCGUCUUCAUCGUCAACCCAAUCAGCUCUGCGAAAUGACAGUACAAACCCUCAAUCAGCAGAUGCUCCAGGCAGUAAUACAACAGUUAAUCUGGAUUUCUGA